AUGCAGUCUCUACCGUAUACUUCUGCGUUCCAGCUCUACUCAGCUCAGAAAGUGAGUGAAUAGUUUCUUUUUGGUAAUUCCUCCUACUUCUUGAAUAUACAAACCAAAACACAGCACAAACAAGAAACAACGCACUCUUUUCGGUUUGUGGACAAGAUGAAACGUGCUAAACCAGAUGUAUGUAUACUCAGAAACACAACGUACCUCAUACAUGUUUAUCAACCGCGCACUAUUAAUUAUUCAUGGCAUUAUGCACCUUUUGAUUAGGAAACAAAGAGAGUGAAACCUUAUGCUCGAAAGUGAUUUAGAUCUUCUCGCACACUUUUCCCGAACAUGCUCUAGCUUGUAGGGCUUCUGUUAUUUUGAUCUUUCAGAACUAGAUUCUAUACAAUUCAGUCUCUUUGUGAAAAACAAUUUCGAAACGAUUUUGUAUCGGAAAACAAGAGUGAUUCAGUGGAGAACAUUAAGAAUUAAUCCGAUUUCGACCUUCUGAUUAUUUGGACGUUAAAGCUACAAAUACUCGCAUCCCGCAGCCUAAUUAGGCUUGAUUUUUCUUAUAACAAUCCGAGCAGUAAGAGGACGUCAAAAAAGCUGUCAAAUGGUCUGACGGUGACUUCUCCUGUCGAAAAUCCGGUUAUUAUUCACUUCCCUUCCCGACGGAUCCAUUUUGUCAGAAUCGAAGCCGUCUUCGACAAAACAGGCAGCACAAUAGCUCAUUAUUGUCCAAUUGUAUUCGGAAUCCAAAAAUUACACCUUCCGUGUCUCUCGGAGCUGCUCACGCGGUACCUUCUCGAUUUCCUACCUCUCCUCCCCCUUUUCGGGUUCUAUUAGCCAACCGCGUAAACACCUUCCGGACAAUGACUGCUCAUUUACACAUUAUACCUAUAUUCAAGGAUAAAAGAUGAUAAAGGAGGCUCGAGAUUAACAAGAGUUGGUGUAAUCGUACGCUUUGUUACCAGUAACAGGAGCUUUGCAUGAAUAACGUCCAUUAUGUUAUUGUAUGAGCCUUCCUCUCAAUCAGGUGAACCAGCCAAGCGCGGGUAUGUAAUCCCGUGAUUACAAUGGUCGGAAUUGAGCUUCUUUGAGGGCCCGACAACGCCUUCAUUCACCCCCCUCAUUUCUCCAUAUAAGACGAGGUCUCCACCCCCAUUCCUGAUCUCGCAUUUCGACAAAUCCUCUGUCCAUUUUGCAAGCAUUAAUGUUCUUUCAAGCGACAAGAAGUUGUGCAACGCAGCGCGGGAAUUCUGGUGUGACUCCCAUGAAACUCAUUAUAAUCUCAAUCGACUUUGCAUUUACCUUCACCUUUUCCUCUUGCUCUGCUCUGUUUCACAAUCAACUCGAUUUUCCUCGUUUCCUUUUGUCAACUUGUUAUUUCAUAAGAAGUGUGCAAGGAGGGUCAUAUCAUGAACUUCCAUCAACAAACACAGGCACACAUCGAUAUGACACUGCUUGCUAAUCAUUUCUUUGCGAACAACGAUUUUCCGACGCCUUUUCGCGCUCAUUCUUCUCGCGGUGAUAGUUUUGUUGUCAUUCUCGAUUCUUCUCCGUUUUCCCGCAUUGUAUUCCGUGCUCUGGCGGUACGAAAACAUAUUUUUGUAUCCGAGGAUAAUGAGAGCGCCGCGAGAUUUUUAUAUUCUUCACCUGCUUAUUGCCGCCAACAAAAGCCAGGAUGAAGAGAACAACAAUAUGAAUCGGUCUUUAUAAGUUUUGAGAUAUUUCUUUUUCCAGACAACAGCGGCUGCAAUCGUUCCGCUAGCAAGCAUUCCAAUGGAUACGGACACUGUUCAGAGCCUUCUCGCCUUCGUCGCCAUGCCUCCCAGCACAGAAUCCGACGUUUCUGGUUCUCCGUCACCUGUUGAGAAGGCUCCGGUCUCCGAUGCUUCGUCAGCAGAAAUUUCUCAAAGUCAACUUUUAAGUGACAUAAUCACUAAAAGCGCGAAGGCUGUCAGCAAAAAUCAGACUGACACUGUGUCGCAGAAACCAGCUCGUGAAACUCGCAUCAAGAGACCGAUGAACGCUUUCAUGGUAUCGUAAUCUUGUAAAUUCGGACAUGAAAAUUAUUUAUAUUAAUUGCAGGUAUGGUCGCAAGAGAGAAGACAACAAAUUUCGCAAACAGGGCAGAAGUUUCACAACUCGGACAUUUCGAAAAUGCUCGGAGCUGAGUGGCGUCUGAUGGCUGAGAAAGACAAGAACCCGUACGUUAUCAGAGUGAGUGAAUGAAUAGCAGUCUUUAUGGAACUUUUUACCUAUUUCUAGGCUAAACGUCUUCGCGAGGAGCACUUUAUCCAGUAUCCGGACUACGUGUACAGACCGAGAAGAAGAAAGAGGGUGAUGAGAAGUUCGGAAAGUGUGGACAGCACGAUCAUCGAGCCUGGGGCUGGAAAUCAGAUUGUUCUCAAUGAUCUACUCAAUACAAUGUUCCUCAACUUGGUUACCCAGAAUAUGUUGAGAACCGCUUCUUCGUAA